AUGAACCAGAGAAAAUAUGCUCUAGAGUUGAUAUCAGAAUAUGGCUUAGGGGGAGGAAAGCCAGCUAUAACCCCUUUGGAGCAGAAUCAGAAGUUCACUAGUUUGGAGUAUAACAAAUUGUUUGAACUUGACACUGAUAAAGAGAUGGAAGAUAGAAGACCUUAUCAGAGGUUGAUGGGAAGACUACUCUACCUGGCAAUCACACGACCAGACAUAUCCUUUGCAGUCCAAACAUUGAGUCAGUUUGUGCAUGCUCUAAAAGAGUCACACUAUGAAGCUGCAUUAAGGGUGGUUAAAUAUGUGAAAAGCCAGCCAGGCCUAGGACUUCUGAUGAGCAAUAACAAGUCCAGGAAGAUCACUGCCUUUUGUGAUGUUGAUUGGGUAUCUUGUAUGGUGUCUAGAAAGUCUGUCACUGGGUUUUGCAUAAAGCUGGGAGAAUCACUAAUUUCCUGGAGGUCCAAGAAGCAGAGCACAGUAUCAAGAAGCUCAGGUGAGGCUGAGUAUAGGAGUAUGGCAACCACAGUAGUAGAGCUGGUUUGGUUGCAUGGGCUGUUGGAGGAACUGGGAAUGGAGAUUGAUCUACCAAUGGAGUUAUUUUGUGAUAACAAGGCAACUCUUCAAAUAACAUCGCAUCCCAUGUACCAUGAGCGUAUCAAACACAUAGAGAUAGACUGUCAUUUCAUUCGGGAAAAACUGCAUCAGGGGUCAAGACAGAACAUGUUGCCAGCAAAGAGCAAGUUACAGACAUUCUAUCUAAGGUUUUGGGAAACAACUGCACAGUGA